GCCGCGCGGACACGUUCGCACAGUAGCUUACCUACACGCCGCGAGCACCUCGCCCCAAAACUACCAAUGCAACACGCGAAACGCAAGGCCCAAAGCACGCCCGUCCUCACACGCCCCGCGCCGCCGUCCCCGUGGCGAGCAGCAACGCCGGAAGCCGCCGCUCAGAUCCGCCGUCGAUCGAGAUGUGGCCGCCGUUCCUGUACCCGCCGCCGGCGUCGGUGUACGUGGCGGCGAUGUCGGCGGUGUCGCUCAUGUCAAUGGCCAACGCGGGCCUCGCCGAGCUCCGCGGCAAACACAUGGCAUACUCCAAGUUCUGGCACGUCGUGGCCGCCGGCGCCGGAGGAAACACCAAGCAGCGGGGCGGCGGUGCGGUCCUGAGUAGCCGGGACGGGAUGCUGGUCGCCUACGCCCCCGCGCUCGCCGCCGCCGCGGCGUCCUUCGCCGUGCCCGGCGCCGUCGACGGCGCGCGUGCGCAGGUCCUCGCCGCCGCGCUCGCCGCCCACUUCCUCAAACGCGUUCUCGAGGUGCUGUUCGUGCACCGGUACAGCGGGAGCAUGCCGGUGGAUACGGCGGUGACCAUCAGCACCAGCUACCUGCUGAGCACGGCCACCAUGAUAUACGCGCAGCACCUCAGCCGGGGCCUCCCAGACCCGCCAGUCGAUCUGCUCUACCCGGGCGUGGCCGUCUUCGCCGUCGGCCUCGCCGGCAACUUCUAUCACCACUACCUCCUCUCGAGGCUGCGAGCCGACGGCGGCGGUGGCGGCGGCGACAAGGGGUACAAGAUACCCCGGGGCGGCCUGUUCGAGCUCGUCACCUGCCCGCACUACCUCUUCGAGAUCCUCGGGUUCUUCGGGUUCGCCAUGAUCGCGCAGACGGUGUACGCGCUCGCCGUGGCCACGGGGACGGCGGCAUACCUCGCCGGCCGGAGCUGCGCCACCAGGAGGUGGUACGAGUCCAAGUUCGACGAGUUCCCGGCGAGGAUCAAAGCGCUGGUGCCGUUCGUGUUGUAAUGACUUGAGCUAGGAAGAAAUUGUAGUGACGGCGCACCCUGCAUGCUUUCACAUGUGCACGAAAUUGUAGUGGUCAAUUGGUAUUCAUUUGUUGCCGUCAGUGUAACGUUUUUGCAGCUGAGAGCCUAAACACACGGCAUAUAUAAGAAUUAAAGAAUAAACCGGCCAGGUACCUUAGGUUUUCUUUUUUCAGACUAACAAGGGGGCGAUGCGAAUUGGUCUAGGGUUCUUGGGGUUUCAAUUCAAUUCAGCAGAUGAUGCAACUUCCACAGUUA